AAUUCCCACAAGCUUUUACGUGAGCGUGUUGGAUUUAGGCAAAGACCCAAACCCAACGCGUCUGAGUCAAAUCGCUCCCCUCUGACUCGUCGUCAUCUUCUUCAAUUUUUAUCAAAAAAACAUAAAAAUAAAGAAAACAAAAGAAAAGAAAAAGGAAAAUACUGCUAGCAAAUCACCAGGAAUCGAUCCAUACAAUCAGAUCCGGCGUGGUUUUCUCCGGUUAAAUAAAUUGCAGUGGACCUGAACAUUGGUGGAUUAUACAUUAUUGGAGAAGCUGAUAUUGUAAUUAUAAAUAAGCAUGAGUUUUGUAUUUCGAGGGACUAGAGCAGAUUUAGAAAAUGGUUUCCCAGGAUUUAUCCCUGAACGGAGAGCAGUGCGUGUCCAUGCAGCACGGCCUGUUAAUUCCAACUCCCUUGUUUUUCUCGUUACAGUUCUUUUAUUGUUCAUGAUUCUGAAUUCACAACAGAUGUCACCUAACUUUCUCCUUUGGUUAGUGCUUGGUGUAUUUUUAAUGGCUACCACUUUGAGGAUGUAUGCAACUUGUCAACAACUUCAAGCUCAGGCUCAAGCCCAUGCUGCCAUGGCCAGUGGCCUUCUUGGUCAUACUGAGUUGCGUUUGCAUAUGCCACCGUCCAUAGCACUUGCAACUAGAGGACGUUUACAAGGCCUCAGACUCCAACUUGCACUUCUGGACCGGGAAUUUGAUGAUCUAGAUUAUGAAACUUUGAGAGCAUUGGAUUCUGACAAUGUUCCCACCACUGCGGCAAUGAGCGAGGAAGAGAUAAAUGCCCUUCCAGUUCACAAGUAUAAGGUCGCUGCUCAGCAAAGUGGUGGCUCUUCAAUCCAACAAGCUUCAUCUUCUGACUCAUUUGAGCAAAAGCAGCAAGAUACUGCCACUGCAGUAGGAAGCAUGAAGGCUUCAGAUGAUGAUCUGACUUGCAGUGUGUGCCUGGAGCAAGUAAAUGUGGGAGAACUGAUCCGUACACUGCCAUGCAUACAUGAGUUUCAUGCUAAUUGCAUUGACCCAUGGCUGCGGCAACAAGGGACAUGCCCUGUUUGCAAAUUCAGGGCAGGAUCAAGGUGGCAUGAAAAUGGACAAGGUGGAAUGGAUGCUUCUUACAUGGUUUGACUACAGGCACCGGCCUAUAUACCAGUGAAGUCAUUCUGAUGAAAAUACCUGCUUAUAUGUAAGCCUAUUGAUCAUGAUGGAAGUUGUAACCUAUAUAACAUUUUUGAUUUAGGCAUUUGAAAAAAGGCAGGUCUCUGUAUGAUCAAAUUCAAAGGUCAUUUAUACUUCUUUUCAGAAAAAGAUGUAAAAGGAACAAAAAAAAAAAAAUAUAACAUCAAUACAAGUAUUACUGUGCACCAGAGCUUUGUAAUGGGGUUCUA